ACUUUUUCACUUAUGCAGGUUGCUGAGAGAAUCCAAGAAUUGGUUGCAUGCAUUUUGGGCUUCUCACAAGCCAGGAGGGUGUAUGGUAGGACAUGUCAGAUUGGAAACUGUUCUUUGAUGAUCAAAGUCAAUUUAAAGAGGAUCUUAUAAAAAAAGAAACACAAGUUGAAAAGAGAGAGAACGGACCACCAGGUAUGGCAACUACUACAGGAGUGAAGAAGAGGAGAGCAUCAGGAGAGGAAUCUGGGAAACUUUUUAUUGGUGGACUGGCUCUUGAGACUUCAAAAGAGAGCCUACAUGCAUACUUCAGUCGUUAUGGAGAGGUUGUGGAUUGUGUUGUCAUGCACAACCCCCAGACAGGCCGCUCACGAGGUUUUGGCUUUGUCACCUUUGAGGAUCCAAUGAAUGUAGAUGCUGUCCUCAACAGUGGACCUCAUACCCUAGAUGGACGCACUAUCGAUCCCAAGGCAUGCAAUCCUCGGGAUCAACACAUGAAGCCAAAGAGGGAUGACACCUUGCCCAAGAUUUUCCUUGGAGGCCUUCCAGCCAAUGUGACAGAAACUGAUUUAGAACGCUUCUUCUCCCGUUGGGGCAGGGUCAUGGAGGUUGUGAUCAUGUAUGAUCAGGACAAGAAGAAACAUAGAGGCUUCGGGUUUCUAUCCUUCGAGUCUCCAGAAUCAGUGGACAGAGUUGUAUCCAUGCAUUAUGUCGGCAUCAAUGGGAAGCAGGUGGAGAUUAAGAGAGCUGAACCCAGAGACAGAAACCAGUCCAAUGGACCUGGACGUAGAGAUGGACCUGUUGAGGAUGGACCACCUGGUGGUCCUCCUGGGCCACCUGGACCUAGCUGGAAUGGCCCUGGAAUGGGACCACCUGCUGGGAUAGGACCUGGACCAAUGGGACCUAUGGGUCCUCCACCAGGACCUAUGGGAAUGGGUCCUCCUGGUGGCCCAAUGAUGGGACCUGGAUAUGGUGGAUGGGGUCCUCAGUGGGGACCAGGCUAUCCACCCCAAAGUGGGGGAUAUGGUGGCUGGGGUGGUCCACAAGGAGGCUGGGGUUAUGGAGGAUAUGGACCAGGCUAUGGUGGAUGGGGCUGGGGUCCACAGCCAGGACCACCUGGACCCAUGCCUGGACCUGAUGGAGGGCCAGUACCAGCAGCUCCAGGGACAACUGGUCCAAGUGCUACACCAACUGCACAGACAGCUGCUUCUGGAGCAGCUGCAACCCAGGCCAAGUCUGAUUAUGCCGUUCAAUAUCCUACCCAAUACCCCAAUCAAUAUCAGUACCAACAGGGAGCUUCUGGAGGAUAUGAUCCACAGCGAGCAACUGGAGAUUGGACUGCCACUGGACAGACUCCAAGCACCCCAUCUAUGCCAGCUUCUGCUUAUCAGCAACCAGCUGGAGGAAGCUCAUUUGGGGGUAACAUGAACAACUAUAUGACGCCAGAUAUGCAUGGAUUUGGUGGAGUGGGUGGAGUUGGGCCAGUGCCGCCACCAGGGAGCUCUGGAGUUGGGCCAGUAUCUGCUCCUGGUGGACCAGGACCUCAGCGUGGUGGAACUUACAGCAACCAGCCUUCACAGGCCACAGGCUAUCACCCGUAUCGCCGCACCUGAGCUGAUGCAUGUGACUUUAUCAUCCAUCACCUGUACAUUUCACUCUGUUUCAUCGUUUCCCCUGUGUCAGUCAUCAGCACUCCUGCAAUGUGAUCUGUCUGUAUAGUGGGGCAGCAUUGAUUCCAGCAUUACAUGCUUGCCUCUGUAUGAUUGUGACUCAGGUGAAUAAAUGGUCUGAAUCAGUCCCUUUUGAUAA